CAUUCAGACAGCUGAUUUCAGCUGUGAAGACGUGUACUUUCUGUACGGAUUUAGCUGUGUAGAUAGUUCAUUUGUAAUUUUGUUUAUAACAUUAUAUUUCGGUUACAUUGUUUGGCGAUAUUUGUUUUCCCCAAUGGCGACAGUAGAGGAACUGAAGCUGCGGGUGAGAGAGUUGGAAAAUGAAUUGAUAAAGUGUAAGCAGAAGCAGUGUGCCAUGGAAGAUGUUCCAAGUCAGGAACUUCACAGACCGAAGAUUGACAAAAUGAGCGCCGAAGUUAUGGAUUCCAACCCAUACAGUCGUCUAAUGGCUUUAAAGAGAAUGGGCAUCGUGGAUGAUUAUGAGAAAAUCCGGACAUUCACAGUCGCUGUGGUUGGUGUUGGGGGAGUUGGCAGUGUGACAGCUGAAAUGCUCACUAGAUGUGGCAUUGGUAAGUUGCUCCUCUUUGACUAUGAUAAAGUAGAGCUGGCCAAUAUGAACAGACUGUUCUUCCAGCCUCACCAGGCAGGCCUCAGUAAAGUGGAAGCAGCAGAACACACACUCAGGAACAUCAACCCAGAUGUGUCAUUUGAGAUCCACAACUACAAUAUCACCACGAUGGAAAAUUUUACACAUUUUAUGGAGCGCAUCAGUCAUGGAGGGCUGGAAGAAGGGAAGCCGGUGGAUUUGAUCUUGAGCUGUGUGGACAACUUUGAGGCCAGAAUGGCCAUAAAUACAGCCUGUAAUGAACUAGGCCAGAUCUGGAUGGAAUCUGGUGUCAGUGAGAACGCUGUAUCAGGACACAUCCAGCUCAUCAUUCCUGGAGAGACGGCGUGCUUUGCUUGUGCUCCUCCACUGGUGGUGGCAGCUAACAUCGAUGAGAAGACCCUAAAAAGGGAGGGUGUGUGUGCUGCCAGUUUACCGACAACAAUGGGUGUGGUCGCAGGCAUCCUGGUGCAAAAUGUCCUCAAGUAUCUGUUAAAGUUUGGCACUGUCAGUUAUUAUCUUGGCUACAACGCCAUGCAGGAUUUCUUCCCCACAAUGGCCAUGAAAGCCAACCCCCAGUGUAAUGACCGCUACUGUAGGAGACAACAGGAGGAGUACAAGAAGAAAGAAACAGAGCAGCCAAAGGUUGAAGUCGUACAGGAAGAGGAGGAGGUCGUACACGAGGAUAAUGAGUGGGGUAUUGAACUAGUAUCAGAGGUGACUGACGCAGAGUUACAGGCUGCAUCAGGCACUGUUCCUGAACUCCCAGAAGGCAUCACUGUUGCUUACACCAUUCCAGCUGAGAGUGCAGCAAGUGGGGAGACAGUGGAGGAGACUGAACAGAGCCUAGAAGAAUUGAUGGCUCAGAUGAGAAAGUUGUAGGCACCAAUCUGAAGAUUAUGAUGCCUUUUCUCAACUGUCUAUUCCAUUGCUUUCUUUGAUAACAAGCAUCCUUGUGAAAAAUCCAAUAAAUGUCAAAUAAACAAUUACAGAAUUAAUUCAGCAGCUAAAGAAGGCAAAUGCAUGAAGAGUGCCGCUAAUGGCAUUUCACAGCACAGAAAAAUGCAAAAGCAGUCAAUUGUGUAGUUUGCUGACAUACUGGAAAGGUGUUUAGCACUUGGAAUUGGUACAGUCUCUAAUGAAAUGUCUCUAAGCCUAGAAUAAUAUCACUGUUUAACAUUAACAUGUAUCACAAUGUGUAUUUUCUACGGUUUUGAUUAAUGAAUGAGUGUCCCUACCUUUAAUGUAUGUGCUGUCAUUCACUCAGCUUUAAGAAAACUUCUCCUGUAACAGUACUGAUGAACAAUGUUUAAGUUGUCUCAAUAAAGUAUUUAUUAGAUGGAAUACAA